AUGAGGAACAAUCUUAAUCCAUCCGUAACGACAAUCUUAAUGUUGCUCAUGGUCAUGAUGAUAAAGUUAGCCGAGGCAACAACCCCUAUUUUUGAACCAUCCAUUGACACAACACCUCGAAAUCUUGCUCCGAAUACACCAAUAUUGUACAAUUUUGAGGGUUGGAAUUUUAAUAUUCAAUUUUCAACACUCCCUGAUUCGAUAGUGAGUGGCAGUCUCAAGAUGAGUGCUGCCGAUGUGCCAAUCACACAUACCAUCCCAUCUUUUAAUAAGAAAAUGGAAGAGGUGUUCUUCUUUACUUUGGAUUUAACUCAGACAACCCUUAACUAUCCACCAAACACUCCCGAAGAGGAAAAGGCAAGAAUGAGAGCAACCAGAACUGCAAUGGAGGUUGUUUUUACUACUUCUGUUCCUUCUCCAUUCAUGUAUGAUCCCUACUCUUAUAAAAUGUUGAGAUAUGAUGAGGCAACAAAUGCAUUUUCAGAACCUGUUGAUGCUUUAAAGAUUGAUUUGGAUUAUUCCUUCUCUAUUAAUGAAGCUUUUGGAAAGAAGAUUAUCUUUGGAUUGUUUGUUUUUAAAUCACCACUAGAUGUUCAGUUUGGAAAGAAGAUUGCCAUAUACUAUCCAAGCUAUUUGCAGUUUUCGUAUGAUGAUUACUUGAUGGGAUACCUUUUUCCAAAGGCAAAUUAUUUCACACCAUCAAAUCCUUCAAUGCUUACAGUCAAUCAAGUGAAGCAAAAGUAUGAAAAAUUGGGAACAUCUAGAGUUUUACUUUCUCGUAUCUCAGUCACAAUUACAAAGAAUCCAUUACAAUUUGAGGAAGCAACUUUUCAAGCUUUGUCUUUCAAGAAUGAAAAUGUAAAGAAUGUUGUUGGAGACAGUUACAGAAUCGAUCUCAAUUCAUUGACAUGUAUCUUCCUAUCAGGUAAUCAAGAAUUAAUGGCAAGAAAAGUAUCCUUUGAAAACAAUGUUUUGACUUGUGAUGUGAAUCCAUUAUUAGCAGGAGAUCAUGAAGUUUUAAUUGUUGCCAAUAAUGCAAAUCCACCAGAACCGAUGAACAGAGGUGUAGGAAGUGUGGUUCUUGGUUUGUUUAUUUCUGUGGUUGCAAUUGUUUCACUCGUUGUUUUGGGUAUUGGUGUUUUCAUGUUCAUUAAAAGAAGUAAAAUGUCAAGAGGAUUACUGUCAAGCUCACAAGCUGCUCCAACCUCAGCUUAUUAUUCAACUGAUAUUUAA